AUGAAGAAAGCAGAUGCACCAAACCGCACCACCGCAAAACCCUCACCGGGCGAUCUAAGUUGUGACUCGUACACUCUUUACUUCAAGGGUUUGAGAAAGUUACUGAUCAGAAGAGGUUUAUCAUCGGCAGGAUUUGGUGUUGCUAUUUGCAGAGAAGACGAACGUGACAAUCUCUUGUUUCAGAUGAAUGGGCCACUUCAUGACUCUGACCUCCUUACACUUUGGGAGGCUGAUCUUAUGGCACUUAAGCUAGGGCUUACCAAAGCCCUAAGUUUUGGGAUCAAACAUAUCUCUAUCUGUUUUGAUGAUGAUGAGAUUUUCGAAUUUGCCAUGGGGAGAUCCGCUCCUAAGCAUGAGAAAAUCGCCUCGUUGAUGGAUGAUGUGCAACGUAUCAGACAAAUUUUUGAAACAAGCAUCCCUGUUCUUGUUCCUAAAACUCAAACUAAGUUUGUCUUUGAUCUCGCAAUGGAAAUAAUAACUGGAGCUGAGAAGAAGAUGAUCUCCGUUGAUUCAUGCGGUCAUAAGUUCGGUACGGGGUACAUGAAAAAACAUAUAGAGCUGAAGCUAAACCAAGGAGAUGUACCAAGUUGUCCUCGUCCUGACUGUACAUCAAACCUUGAUCUUACAAGUUGUGUCCAUCUUUUGACACCUAAACUAAAAGUGUUGUGGGAACAAAGAGUUAAAGAGGAAUCAGUUGCUGUAUGUGACAGAUUCCAUUGCCCAAAUCCAAGCUGUUGGGCUUUGAUGUCCAAGACCGAGCUCCUUGAAUCUAGUGAAGAUGGAGUCAAGAGAAGAUGUUAUAAAUGCCUUCAAGACUUUUGCAUUAACUGCAAAGAUCUUUGGCAUUAUAAGUUGUCGUGCGAGGAGUACAAAGAGAGGUCAAGUCAAAAGGCUAGUACAACAGUGUGGCGUCAAUGUGGAAGUUGCCAACACAAGAUCAAACUAUCGAAAGAAAGCAACACUGUAACAUGCAGGUGUGGCUAUACGUUUUGCUACAAAUGUGGAGCUCAAUGGAAACGUGGAGGUUGCUCUCACCGUCGCGAAUUCGUGAUGGAUGUGUUUACUGCUGUGAUCUUCUUUUUUAUUUUUCUUUUAACUUUCUUAUUUAUUAUGCUUAUCUAG